AUGUCUCUUCCGAAACAUACCACAUCUCCCUCCCUAUCCUCCUCUCCAUCCCGCCAAUCCAUCCGACGGGAUGCCGACUCGAACGCCCCGUCCCGCCCCCAGAGCAUCAUCGACCGUCCCCCGACGGCCCAACAAACACACCAUCCUCUCGGAUCAGCCACUACCCACGAUCCUCCCCUCGAUAACCCUCCCUUCCAAGCCCAUCAAGGCGACGGGCAUCAUGACUUUCCAUCAGCCCCGUCACACCACCACCAAUCACCACCCUUCCAGCCCUUCUUCACUUUAAUCGAAGACGCCAAUACCUCCGAAUACUACCACCCCACAGUCCACUACAUCUUCUCCGAUGACGACACCGACAUCGUCACGGAAGCUGCGCUUCGCUCGCUCGAAAACGACCAGGACGUUCUGUCGCAGGGCGCCAAGGGAAAAUCGAAGCCCGUGCGCACCAGAGAUGGAGCAGGAGGAACAGCGGGCGAAGAGGUUUACGACGAAGAGGAUGACGAGUUCGCCAUCGCAAGAAAGGAUCCGCUCCUUCCGCCUCCUAUCCCCGGUGUGCGUGAUAACUAUAUCAUUCUGGACUUGGAGACUGCGUCCGAUGAGACGGCUCAUCCGGUAAACCGCGAGAUUACCACCGGUGCUUCUUCCAGCCUCGCGUCGCAGACACAGACACAUACACAUCCGACAGGAGUCCAAUCACAACAGCAACAACAACAUCCAAACACCACAAACCCACAAACCCAGGCCCAGACCCAACCACCCGACCACAAAGCCCCCCAACCCCAAAUCACCGUAUCCUCUGCCCACAGCCUGACCCCCUCCUGGCAAGUGCUCAACACACAAAUAAUCCCAGCACCAACAUUCGAGAAAAACACCUCCAACGAACCCGUCAACGGUGGCCUGAUGCUGAAGAUCCAAGGAACGGCCGGUCUGCCGAUCACGCAGCUCGGAAAAGACCGCGAUAAAGAGCGGAGUAGCCAGCGGUUGGAGGAGAUGAUGGAUCAGUUCUCGAAGCGGCUGAGGGAGUUGAGGCAGGUGAUUGAAGCUGGGGAGCAGGGACAGUUUUGUGAGGAGAGGGGAGGGGAGGGGACAGUGGAACGGGAUACGGAUGAUGCUAUGCCGGCGGAGGGAUUCCGAACUGAUAAUGCUCUUGGGGUUGAUUUUGAAAGUGGUGCGGAGCACGGGAAUGGUGAGGAUGGUAUGGAAAAUGAGGGAUAG